CCAACGCUCGAAUGCUGUCACACGGUGUAGUUUCGGAUAGCAGGAGCACUGGAAUAGACUUGGGAUUUAACCCGGCGUCUGCACUGGGACGGCUGAUUCAUUUAACCAAGCGUACCGGCUGUUGUAGACACAUCCUAGUGGAGUUUUUUUUAUUAUUAUUUUUUUUAUGGUGGACAAAUCUAAACUACAUUAAAAUUUUCUCCAUACAUGCCAAAACUAGGCAACCUUGUGGAGGAUUCUGAGACAUUGUCGCGAAACUUUGAGGUUUUCGCCACAAUAAUUGGCUAUCGAAUGGACCAGCAUCCGAGCGCCCGGAGCUGCAGCAGUCGCGGAGCUGCGCCGUCCUGCGAGAGCGUCUCCGGCGAGCCCCCCAUGAAUUUGUACAUCCACUCCACCACCGGCACACGCUUCGAGAUCUCCCUUCCCGCAGAAGAGACCGUGGAAGGGCUAAAGCGAAGACUCUCUCAAAGACUGAAAGUACCCAAAGAAAGACUCGCGCUGCUACACAAAGAAACACGCCUGAGUUCAGGAAAACUUCAAGAUUUGGGAAUAACGGAUGGGAGCAAGUUAACGCUGGUUCCAACAGUUGAAGCAGGCCUAAUGUCUCAAGCAUCAAGACCUGAGCAGUCAGUAAUGCAGGCGCUGGAGAGCUUGACGGAAACACAGGUCAGCGACUUCCUGUCGGGACGGUCUCCUUUAACCCUGGCUCUGCGAGUAGGCGAUCAUAUGAUGUUUGUCCAACUGCAGUUGGCAGCUCAGCACUCUGGCGGCCCACAGUUACAACAUCGACAUCUCAUAUCACGUGGGAGUUCAGAGGGCACGACAGGACAGUCUCAUGCAGCCUCAGGCUCUGCCUCUGGGAUGGCAAGGGUUUCACACAACCCUCAUCCACAUCACCCGCACCCACAUCCUCAUCAUCCAAACACUGCACUCCCAUCUAACCCAGCGGCCUUCCCACCUUCCCCCUCUAUCCCAUCUGUUCCUCCCAUGUACCCCACCUCAGCCUCAGGGCACUGUAGCCCUCCACCACACCCCUCUCAACUCCCAGGAAGUUUUCUUCACUCCCAGCAGCCAUCUUCAGCCUGUCCCACCUCUCCAAGCAGCCCUAGCCCUGCAGCUUCCUGUCCAGAGGCCAACUGCCCAGCAAAGACGUCUGGCAAUUGUAACACUCCCUCACGAUCCCGCAAACCAGGCGCUAUCAUCGAAAGUUUUGUGAACCAUGCUCCUGGAGUUUUUUCUGGGACAUUUUCAGGCACUUUGCAUCCAAACUGUCAGGACAGCACCGGACGUCCAAGGCGAGACAUAGGCACCAUCCUUCAAAUCUUGAAUGACCUUUUAAGUGCCACUCGGCAUUACCAGGGCAUGCCACUGUCGCUCACACAGCUCCGCUACCAGACCCAGUGUAACAGCCCCAGCUCACCCACACCGUCGCCGUCGCCACCGCCUUCACCUCCCCACACCCCCAGACUAAGCAGCCUGCCUACCAUAGUGCCCCCUGAGGCCCAGCCCACUCUCCACCCACUGGUGCAGUGCCAGAGCCAGAUCCGCAUGUGCAAGCCUCCUGCCUCAGUUGGUAUGCACAGAAGAGCUGACAGGAUGCAAGGUGACCGAUUGCGUCAAACAGAGAACCGAGCCACGCGGUGCAAAGUGGAGCGAUUGCAGUUGCUCAUGCAGCAGAAGCGUCUGCGCAGGAAGGCCCGGCGAGACUCCCGCGCCCCGUACCACUGGCUCCCCAACCGCAAGGCUGGACGCAGCAACAGCAACAGCAGUAUGUCUAGCGAAGGCUCCCUGGACCUGGACUUUGAAGACUCUGUGUGGAAGCCCGACGUCAAAGCUGAUAUGAAAUCAGAAUUCAUCAUGGCCUGAAGCAACAACGGUUGUGCCAUCUUCAUCGAGGAAGACUGGGGUUUACACUUUUUCUAGAGGAGACUUUCUGAAGACUGUGUCCAAAGUUGCACAUUCAGAAUCUCGUAGGCUUCACUCCUCAUGACCAUAAAGACUUAAAGACACAAAGGAAGAGUCACAGACUUUUACUUACCUUUCAUCCUUGAUAGACGUUGAUCUUGGAAUAGACUAAAUUUUCAAAUGACGAUGUUUGGAUGUGGAUUGAACUGAUGAAUAGACAGAAUUUGGACUCAGAACGUCCAAGAAGUAAACACAAAUGAGCAUAGCAGACGUCAUUGGUGUUGGGAUGUUUUUCUCUUUACUCUUUUUAUUUUAUUUUAUUUUUUCCAAGGGGGAAGAUCCAUACAGGCCAAAUACAGGCACGAUGAACUAACAAAAAUCAGAAACUGAUGCUACUUCCUCCUUUUUUUUUCAUUACAAAUGGGCAUUCACAGUUCAAGAAUCAUUUGAAGGGGGUUAUCUUUGUUUUUAAGUCCUGUUUUUCUUGAAUCAUGAUGAUUUAUGAAACAAAAUAUGUAGCAUUACCCACAAAGCAUUCAGGUUUUUUAUCUUGUAGAUGACGAGGGUUCAUUUGCACACACACACGUGAUUUGAAAUAGACAAACAACAUCAUAACAUAACCAAGAGAUGGCACAGUGCAUGUUUAGUAUAAAUAUAUUUAAAAAAAAUAAAUAAUAAAAAUGCUUUCUCCACAACAGCUCACUGUAGAGUCAGAGGUUCAAGUAGGAAACUAAAACAUGAAACGAAAUGAAAAUAAGCUGACGUGAUUGAAGAUGCAAGGCUUUUGAAGUAGGUUGUUUUUAGAAUAUAUAAAAAAUGACUUUCCUUUUUUGACUCCGUGUAAACAUACAAACCAACCAAACUUAAAACAGCAAUUGCUCAGCAAGGCUGUGAGAUGAAUCUGAUGUUAUAUAAUCAUUUAAAUACACACUGUAUCUCUCCUGUUACUGUCUAAAUGUCUAUAAUAGAGAGAGUGGUGGGGUGCCAGAGGAAUAGUUUACAAUUGUGCAUUAUAAUGGCUCGCUUUGCCAAAGUGGAAUCUCUCAUUUAUGCAUUCGACUAAAACAAAACGCCGUUCAAGGGUGUCAUCCCAGCAACCGCUUACAGUUGUGAUACGAUUUUAACAAGACUACCAAUAUUUAGUUGUCCAUUUGGCAAGACUUCUUUACAGAUGUAAACAUCCAAGCAUAUCCUCCACUCUCGAUAGUGCCUCAUACGUAGACGCACUGACAUAUUCAAUCAGGCGUUCCACAGACAGACGGUUCUGCUGCUAUAUGGGACUUCUCUUUGCAUGCAAAAGUGUGAUCUAUCCUGAUCCUUUUUAUAGAAGAAAAUAAUAACAACAAUACUGAGAUACUGGUGCUGAAAAGAAAAGAUAUACAAGCAUGAAUUUGUUAAAAUGGAAAGAAAAAAAAAAACGCUCCAGCUACUUGGGAUUUUUCGAAUUCGGAACGUGAUGUUACAUAUCAGUCGCAAACCAAAACAGGACUGGAAUUCUACUGUACAUGAAUCAUUCCUGGACUAACUAAGGAAUAACGGAACAUGUUCUACUCCCAACAUCCAAGGGAUCCGCGGAGCAAACCCCCGACACUCCCAUCGGACUAACAGGGAUGUUAGCAACCAACGUUCGCCCCUAAUGACUUCUUGGAAAUAAACGUGAAAAUGUCCUGAACCACAUCCAUGUUGCACUCACUGAGUUUGCAAUGAGAUUACCUACCUGAAGGGGAACAUUGUCUUUUCCUUUUUUUCUGUUCAAGUGGCCUUACCGUUCAUUAUCGAAACACUUGCAGAGUGGUGGACAACAUAGGGAUGUUUUUGUUGUUUUUGUCCAGUGUUUUUGUUCAAGCGUCAAUUUUUCGGGGGCAAUUUUUGUGUUUAGGAGGUGGAGGCUCUAUUAUGUCAAGGCUUCAGUGCCUUAAAGUUUAGCCCCUUCGGUGUGUACGAAAAAAAAAAACACCUGAACAAAUUAUUCGCAUUUAUGCAGGUUUUUAUCAAUUUAUAGGCGCUCUGGUAGAAUAUUGUCUGUUUUAUGGUUUGAUUGUUACAAGUCACGACCUGGAGUUCAAACAGGUUCCAUCAGUGUGUUCCAUUGUUUGUUUGAUUAUGUCCCAUGAACCCUGCUGUCCUACAAAGAAGCAACAAAUUUAAUUGAAAAAAAGGAAGUUUCAACUGCAGUGCUAUAGAAACAAAGUGCCCUAACUCUCAAUUGAGAUGUCCUUUAAGGACACGCUGACAACAUGCACUUCCCUUCUUCUCAAAUAAACGACUUCAAUGGAUGAUUUCUCCCUCUCCCCCGAGAAAAUCAUUAUUUCAUUUUUAUAUAUGUAUGAAAUAUACUCUGUGUGUGCCUCACCUAUAUGUAAAACAGUUUAAAAAAAAAGAAGUGAAAACUGAAAAAAGCAUAGGAGAUGAUCUGGGUUUUAGGAUGGGGUAAUUGAACGAGGGUGGAGGGAGGGAACCGGGGGCAUUUUCAAUAGUUUGUUGGAGUUCUGAUCACAUCAUUUAAGUUGCCUGUUCUUUCUUGUAGCCAAUGAAAACUGAUUACAAGAGUUGAGAAAAAAAAUAAACAAUUUACUAUGUUCUAGCUUAUAGACCGGUGUAGCACAUAUGUGACUGUAUUAAUUUAUGAAACCAAAAUGGUAACUGUGAAUUAUGUAUUUCUUUGUGCUUUUUUUAAAGUGGGCGGAAGGCAGAAAAGGGCGUUGAUGUGCCCUGUUUUGUUUUUGUGGAAUAUAAUGGAAAUAAUCAAGUAAAAAAAAAAAAAAAAAAAAAAAGGAAAAUAUCUAAAUAUAUUUUUUUCUUAAGCAAUACAUUUCAGUGUGACUUGUGAUAGGACAUUUUCUUUUUUUAGGUAAUAAAUUGAAAGAAAAAAAGUUUUAA